GAUUUCGAGUUGUCCGUCAUUUGCGUAGGCGUGCGGCGGUUCGCGGCGGUUUCUCCUACAACCCCUGUAAAGAUGUAUUCUUCAAGCUGUCGGCCACCUUCUCUAUUCCCGUUGACAUCUCUUAUUUGGCCAACGCCGACGAAUCGAAAUGAGCCUCGAAAGCCUCCAACAACCAACUUAGGAGGAUCUUACGGAUAUGUUUGACGUAUCUGAUCUACUUCCCUAAGAUUAUCGGCUUCAGUAAACCAGGUCAGCAUUGUCUUCAUGUCUUUCGCGUCCUCAGACCUACCCAAGGGGAAGUUGUAAAGCAGGAGUUGAUCCCAAUUGAAGACAGUAACGUGAGAGCAUUGUGUCUGCCGAGCAUACUUUUUCACUUGCUUUGUGUUGAAGUGAAAGCACGCUUGGCUGAGCGCGCUAAUUAUAUAAAUCAUAGGCAGCUGUACCCGCGCCAACACAACAACAACAACGAACCCCCAACCCUAUCGCAAACAUGGAGUCCGAGACUCUUCCAUCGCCUGAUGAUCCCUGCGACCGGUCUGGCUGUUCGGCAGACUCAUCUUCAGAUUCUGGAAUAGAUCAAGAUGGCAUAUCAGAAGAUAGCGACUUCAACCCGUAUCGCAAGCCACCGUUGCCAUACAGAGUAGGGUUCAAAUUCACCGCCAACAGCCACGAAGCACCACUACCAUCCGGAGUAUUCGAUGGCAUAAACCCUCCUCCCAAAACGAAGGACUGGCACUUGUUAUCGCAAACCGAAUACUGCCUUACAGACACGGUUUCGACCGGCAACACGCGUGACAGCUUGUCCAAGGAGCUAGAGAUCACCUCGAUCAUCAGGAUUGGUAGCGACCGUGGGGCACAGCUUGUGGUGGUGAACGGAAACAUGGUAGCGAAGAUAUACGACCCUCUCUACUACAGCGACACCGAUGGUAGAUUCAAGCAAGACGUUCUCAUGGCCGCUAGCGGAGAUUACAGUCGGGAGACUGCAGCAUAUUUACAUCUCCAAAAGUCACCGGCAGCAAGGAAAGUCAUACCUACAUUCUGGGGAAGCUGGACCACCGUCAUUGCGACACCCAUCGGGGCACUCGAUCAACGGGAGACGCAUCACCGCACCGUCCGUAUGAUUCUGAUCGAGCAUCUCGAUGGCGAUUGUAUGUAUUACGUCGAUCCGUCCGAGAUCCGUAAACGAGUUCGUUCACGCAUCCUGGAACAGGCUCUACACGCGGAGGCUGUCAUCUGCGAUGCCGGAGUCAAUCAUCGUGAUUUACAUCCCCGCAACAUCAUUUUACUGGGCCCUCUGUAUGACUCUACAGAACCCACAGUCAAGAUCAUCGACUUCAACGUUGCUGAGGUAAUGGAGCUUGUAGGAAAGGCUAAACGGCCGAAGAAGCUAAAGAAGCUAUGGCCGACACAGAUAUGCUCACCAAUCAUCCGGAACUAUGGCUCUAUGGGCAACUUUUCUGCCUACGGUUGGUGCCCUGAUGACGAAAAAGAGGCAGAGCAGUGGUUGUGGAGGCAUUUCAAAGACGACAAGCAAUACUAUCCUGUCACUUGGGAUCCGGAACCUCCUUUCAGGCGGCCGAGAUAUCAGGAAGAUUGUGUUGUUGGUUCUGUCAAAAAUUGAUGAGCCUGUACGCACCUGAACUCAAGGGAGUGGUCGUCAACAUGGGAAGUGAUGGUUUCUCUGAAGCCUACGAGAAUUGAAGAGGUGGUGACUCUGUGGAUGUGGAUAGGUUGGUCUCAGAGCUAUAGAUGUACC